CCUGAACCAACUCGGCCAGUCCGGCCUAUCCGCUCAAGGCGUUAAGACCACAUUCGCCACAUGUCAUAAGUCUAAAGUAUCACCCCUACCGAUUUAGGUUCCAAUAUUAGCCUUAGAGCAAGCCAGUUGUAUAAGUCAUUACUAUUCCGUCGUCCUUCCUGCGCAUUACUUGUUCCAAUCAUUGUGUCCGGCUUCCGAUUGUGCCGAUUGGCCAUCACGAACGACCUGCACCACCCCUGAGGUACUGAGUAAACAUCCAGCAGCGCAUCUGUCACGUCAGUGCAGCUGGAUGUAGGAUGCCUCUGCUGCCAGAUUUAUAUUACGACAACCGCUCAAUAUGGGCACAAUUGCCACCAUCGCCCUCGUCGUGUUGGGCAUAAGUUUCAUGAUCUUUGUGACCUUCUUUGGCCGCCUGCCCGCAUUGAGACACACGCCAGUUGCAUGGCUCUACAAGCUAAUAUGGGUUCUCAUACCCAACGGGGCCGCGGGCCUCGACCAGCGGCUCAGCGGAGGCAAGAUUCUCACGUCCUGCUCGCGCUUCGGCAACUACCUUCUAUAUGACCGGCAUCCCACCAUAUUGGUCUUCUUCCUCGCCCUACUCAUCGGCGGCGAGACGCUUUACCUGCCCGCCGCCUGGCCGCAGUUCAGCCCGCUGGUGAAAGCCACCGCCACCGUCGCCAUCCUCCUUCCCUACCUCUUCCUCUACCUCUCUGCCUUCUCUGAUCCAGGGUACGUCACGCCUGCCAACCACAUCACCGAGAUGGCGCGCUACCCGUACGACUUCACGCUCUUCCACCCGGGCGCGGCCUGCUCGACGUGCGGCCUCCUGAAGCCGGCGCGGUCCAAGCACUGCCGCGUGUGCAAGCGCUGCAUCGCGCGCCAGGACCACCACUGCAUCUUCAUCAACAACUGCGUCGGCGCGGGCAACCAUCACUGGUUCGUCCUCCUGCUGCUCUCGACGGCGGUCCUGACGCUGUACGGCGGCGUGCUGGGCGUGCGGCUCAUGACGGCCAAGAUGCGCCUGCGCUUCCCCGGCUGGUCGUACUACCCCUGGCUCUCGCACGACAAUCGCGGUGGAGACAUGUCUUUCACCCAGUGGCUCAUCGUAUGGAGCUGGGGGAUGCAAGCGGGCGGGGGCGUGGCCUUUGGCGCCGUGACGCUGCUCGCGCUGAUGACGAGCCCGUUGGUGUGGGGGCUGUUGGGGUAUCAUCUGUGGCUGAUCUACUGCGGCACAACGACUAAUGAAUCGAUGAAGUGGUCGGACUGGCAGAUGGAUAUGGACGAUGGCAUUGCGUUCAAGAGGCGACUGGACAGCGGGAGGGUGAAGGAUAUCAGGGUCGAGCCGGCGUGGACGAGAUGGCCUGUGGAGGCGGAGCAGGUGUUGGUGAGGACGGAAAACGGGAGACCGCCGGACCCAGGGACGGAUCUGCCCGGCGUCGGGGAGUGGGAGGCGGUGUGGAGGUUGAAGGACGUGGAAAAUCUGUAUGACUUGGGGUUAUGGGAUAACUUGUUAGAUGUCUUUGUCCCGGGCUUCAUGUUCCGGGACCCGCAUGUGCCGGUGCCGGAGGCCAGGUUGCGGCGGAAGAAGAGGAGGAGAGCGAGGAAAAUCUACCUGGCGUAAGGGAAGUAGAGGCUACGGCUCGUUAGAAAUAGACGGUUUCAAGGGAAUAUCGCCAGCACACACUACGAGGCGUAAUAGAGCAACACAAUAACUACACUCCGGACCACUGAUUUGUC